AACAAUGGGCGGCGCGAGCGCCCCGGCGCUGGGCCGGAGCUGAGGCCGGCGCUUGGCGGCCGACUGUCCGCAGCAUGAGCGGGGCCGGCGUCCCGCGCGCGCCGGCGGGGCUGGGGCUGUGAGGCCGCGGGUCCGGACUCGAGUUGCCGCGUCUGGCCGGGCGUGCCGCGGGGUCCCAUGGAGCUGGAGGGGCAGUGGUGGCGGGGACAGCUGGCUGCCGACAUUCACCAAGCGCUUCGGUACAAGGAGCUAAAGUUACCUUCCUACAAAGGCCAGUCCCCUCAACUCAGUCUGAGAAGGUAUUUUGCUGACCUGAUUGCUAUUGUGAGCAAUCGCUUCACACUCUGCCCUUCUGCCCGACAUCUUGCUGUAUAUUUGCUGGACCUGUUUAUGGAUCGCUAUGACAUCUCUAUCCAGCAGCUGCAUUUAGUUGCACUUUCCUGUCUGCUUCUAGCAAGUAAAUUUGAAGAAAAAGAAGAUAGUGUGCCUAAGCUGGAGCAGCUUAACAGCCUGGGUUGUAUGACAAACAUGAAUCUAGUGUUAACAAAGCAAAAUUUGCUACAUAUGGAACUAUUACUGUUAGAAACCUUUCAGUGGAACCUCUGCCUUCCAACAGCUGCUCAUUUCAUCGAGUAUUAUCUCUCUGAAGCAGUACAUGAAACAGAUCUUCAUGAUGGCUGGCCAAUGAUUUGCUUGGAAAAAACUAAACUCUAUAUGGCCAAGUAUGCAGAUUACUUCCUGGAAGUAUCAUUACAAGAUUAUGCCUUUCUAAAUUAUGCACCUUCUUUAGUAGCUGCUGCAUGUGUGGCUUCUUCAAGAAUUAUUCUUCGUCUUUCUCCAACGUGGCCUACAAGACUGCAUCGUCUUACUGCUUACUCCUGGGAUUUCUUAGUGCAGUGCAUUGAACGGCUAUUGAUCGCUCAUGAUAAUGAUGUAAAAGAAGCUAACAAACAGAGAGGACAGGCAGGGCCUCAACCAGCACAACUAAGUGUGUUCCAGACAGCGUCCCAGCCCUCUCGGCCAGUUCACUUUCAGCAACCUCAGUAUCUCCAUCAGACACAUCAGACCUCACUGCAGUAUCGCCAUCCUGUAUCAGAACAACAAAGCUGUCAGCAGAUUGUAUCUACCACACACACCUCAUCUUACACACUACAGACAUGUCCUGCUGGCUUCCAAACUAGCGUUCAGGGCCUUGGCCACGUCCAGACUGGUGUUGGGAUGUCAUUGGCGAUACCAGUAGAGGUUAAACCCUGUCUGAAUGUUUCUUAUAACCGGAGUUAUCAGAUAAAUGAACAUUACCCUUGCAUUACUCCAUGCUUUGAGAGGUGAUUACAUGUGAAGGUAAUACCUAACCCAGACUGUUUUGUGACUUGACGCUCUGGGGAAAACUUUUUGUAAACUUCUCUUCAAAAAGAAAGGGAUAAAAAUGACUUCAGAACUCUUCAGGUACCAAGACCAGGAAGAUUAAAUAGCCCUUUCAAAGCACCAUGAAUAUCUGGGAGGACUAAGCAAACACUGCAAACAUUUCUACAGUGUAUCUGUCAAAUCCUGUCACAAGUCCAUAGAUGACAAAAAUUUUCAAGCCCUGACUGAUGGUCCAAGUAUUUCAGAAAUAAUCAGUACACACAGAAAAUUUGGACAGACUUCAGUUCGCCAUUUUGAGAUCUGACCUGUGGUGGGCUUUGGGCCUAACGUUGGCUUAUGUAUGUCAGAGACUAAUGUUUAAUCUGUAGACUUGCCAAAUAGUCUUUUUAUGAAGGAAAGUUACAGUAUUAAUUUUUGAGGAAGUCCUUUUUUUAUUCUGCAGUUUGAGUUAUAUUUUUGAUUUACAAAUGAACUUUUGACCAAGUUUAAACUAAUGAAUUACUAUGCUAUUCCAAUUUUUGCAUAAAAAAUUUCUUUUAAAUGAUUCUAUAACUUCUUAUCACACAUACUGUAGGCAUCUCGAUUUAUGUACUAAAAUUGGGGACUAGAUUGCUUAAAAUCAUGGUCAUAAAUCUUUUUUUCCCUAAGUAAUCAACCUCAGAUCUUCAGAAUUAAAACACAUUUAACUCAGGGAAUUUGUACUACUUGGAAACACUUAACUAAUGCAACAUGCUUUGGGGAUGUUAUAAUAUGAACUACCUUUAUAACAUUGGUUAAAAUACUCCUGCUAGGCUGUGUUUUCAAAUGAUAACAUAACUGCAGCUUAGACUGAAGACAUGGUGGUUCCUAUCGUUCGUACCGCAUAAAUAGGUUUUUUAAUUCCUCAGUGCAAUGAGUGAUUUACACUGAGAUUAGAUAUUACUCUAAAAAAGUUUUUGCAAGGGGAGGCAUAGCUAACUGUAAAAUGUCAAUACUAGAAUAAAGUUCUGUAGGCUUAUUUUGGAGUGGAGUGUGGCCAUGGUAGUUCUCAGGUUGUGCUAGAGCAGCACUUUGAUAUGUGGAAGACAGGUUUUAUAACCAACCUUUGAAUCCACCUAGUCAUUGUAAGCAGGCAAAGGCUCUGAUUACUAAAUUUCAGUAACCACUUUUAUUGGAUUGGCCCCAGAACUGCCCUGGGGCCAAUCAUGCUGAUAUUUCAUCAUGCUGGUAUUGAGUGAACAUGAGAAAAAGGGCAAUGUGGGGGUAAAGAGUUUGGGGGAAAUAAACUUUAAAAAGAAAAAAAUCAUUGUAAUAAACUGUAUACAUUGUGCUCUUAUCUGUGGGAGAAGAGAUUUGGUGAAGGGGAAACUUUCUGAUUUAAAAAUUAGUAAGGUGUGUCUUUUUUGUGUUUUUUUAAAGAUAGCACUUGAAUAGAAGGGAAAACUGCUUGGCAGGUAUGUGACUGCCACAAUAUGCAUUGAAAAACUUCAUAAGAUGUGGGUAUGCAGCAGGAGUCUCAGUAAUCAAGCCAAUGGCUGUCCUUGGGAGGGGACUCAACACAAUAGAUCAAUCCAGAUGGCUCCAGUGGAUGAAUGUGGGGUGUGAAGGGCUGGCUUCUGCCAGUUUGAAUUGAGAAUGUCCUUUCCUUAAAAGAAUUGUGACUUUUAUAAUUAGAGUACUUAGUGCAUGAUGUGGACUUACUAGUCUGAUAGACAAAACAAAAAACCACUCAGGUAAGAACACUCAAGGCAGUUUUCAAGCAUGAAAAUUGUUUUCUGAAAGCAUCAUCACUUCUUUAGAGAAGGCUGCUAAUUGGAUUUUGUUCUUACCUCACGAAAACUUGAAUUAUUUGGGAGAAAGUGGGUUCAAAAGAGAACAUACCUUCCACAUUCAGAACCCAGUAACCUGGAGUCCAUCUUUCAGUAUUCUAACUACCUCAGUAAUGCUAUGAAUGUAAGAUAAUGGGACCUGUAUCCCGACUUGAAACAACAACUGGUGCCUAUGGUAUUAAUGUCUUGUCAGAUGCUUUUAUUGAUUGGUUUAAAUGUCAUUCUUGUUGUAGAAUAUGCCUUUUAAAAAACUUAACAUUUUCCCAAUUUAUAUUUAAAAAAGCUAAAGAACACUGGAUUAAUUGGGGGGGGGGGGAGUAGAAUAAAAUGAAUAAUUGGUUGCGAUUGCUGCAUACCCAGAGUGGGGUGGGAUAGGGUGGUUCGAGAACCAGAACUAUUUUUUAAAACAUUAGGUUUCAGUAUAAAUACAACUCAACUACUAGUUUUUUUUUUUUUUGG